AUGAACGGUGAUUUAUCGCUGCAAGGUACCACAAAUAAGAUAUCUCAUAAUUUGCGAAAAGAGGUUUUAUUUGAACUUGCCUAUAAUUUUUCGCCUACAAUUAUUUUUAUCGAUGAGAUUGACUGGAUAGGCACAAAUAAAGGAGUAAACUGUACAUUGUCUGAACCUGCAAAGAGAAUCAGAUCAGAACUUCUUUCUAGAUUGGAUGGAUUACUAUCUAACGAAAAUUCUAAUGUAGUUCUUUUGGCUGCAACUAAUUGCCCGUGGGACAUUGAUGCAGCUUUACGCAGACUUUUUCUUGAAAAGAAAAUAUACGUAUCAUUACCAAAUGAAGUUACUCGACUUGGUAUGUUCAAAUUAUACCUUAGCAACCAGUUAUUAGAGAAUAUGGAUAUUGUAAACCACAUAAUAAAAUCUACUGAAAAAUAUUCUUGCGUGGAUAUAAAAUUGCUUUAUACAAAAAAGUAUGAGGAAUAUAAGGACAAGGAAUCCAAGGGACUCAAGCAAAAGAUGGAUAGAAAAAGAUCAAUGUCCCCUGACCCCGAAGACGGUGAAGAUAAAACGGUGAAGAACAAAAGUAGUAAUAAAAGAAAGAAAAUCGGAAGUACGAUGCGCAAUAAGAACAAGUAUGAUAAAGUGGGGGAUAAAAAAUCAGAAAGACGAAAAAGGCGCUCCGAAUCUAAUGAUGACAGCGAUAGUGAUUCUGAAAAGAAGAGACGGAGAGAAAGAAGUAACUCUAAUAGUAAUGAUUCUUAUAAAUUAAAAAGAUUGAAGAAGUCAAAGAAACGUAAGAAAUAA